AUGACUACAUCAGAAGAGGGUACAUCGUCAUUCGACGAGGUAAACCCCACGCCAAAGAUUUUUGAUACUCCUGGCUUGUUCACUCCUGUCACUCCUGGAGUCCUAGUCCAAUUCUCCAUCAGCUUCCAACAAGUCCAUGUCGAGUUUACUCUGCCUGCAUCAGAUGCAUCGCAACUAAACGAGUCUCGAAGAACCUUUCUCGCCACCCUCGACCAAUCGCAGAGCAAUAGCGAUGGCAAGGCAUCGAUAUCAGCGGCCGUGCUGGCAUUCCAGUUCUUAGAAUAUCUCCUGACAAGCCGCGUGUCUCUUGGGACAUUGGCACGAGUCUUCGACGCGGUUCAAUCAGAUAUAUUACGAGACAAAGAGAUACAUGAUUUCUUGAACCAGCUAGACGAUGGCAUCUCUGCACGGAAAUACAUAUUGCGCACAUACAUGGUCCUGGUGGCCAAGCUUUCUAUUCCACUACCAUCUGGUCCUAGUGCCUUUAUAUCUGCGGCGACUAGAGAAAAGCACCGGAUCUUGGUGACAUUUGGGGGUCAGAGCUCGGCCAACCCCAACUGUGUGGAUGAUCUUGCAGACCUCUAUUCCAUCUAUCAACCGUACUUGGAACCCCUCGUCACGGUUCUGGGCGAUGUUCUCAACUCGCUGUCGCGGCACCAUGACACCAAGGCAUUUUAUCUGGGUCGCGAGAUUGACCUCGCAGCCUGGCUGGCAGACCCGGCAACACGACCGAGCAAGAGCUUCAUCUCUGGUGCAGCUGUCAGCUUUCCCAUCAUUGGUCUCACAGGAUUGCUACACUAUUCCGUAAUAUGCCAAUUGCUGGGCAAGACUCCAGCAGAGAUGGCUCAGACCCUGGCUGGAACUACGGGUCACUCGCAAGGAAUAAUACUUGCUACAGCAGUCGCAAAAGCUCAUUCGUGGGAGUCAUUUCUCGUGGAAGCAAAGUGGGCCAUGGAAAUGCUAUUCUGGAUUGGCUAUGAGAGCCAACUCGCAGCGCCACAGUCGGCGCUCAGCCCAGCAAUGAUCAACGAUAAUGUACAAAACGGAGAGGGCAUUCCGUCUCACAUGUUGUUGGUACGAGGAAUGGGCAGAGAAAAAUUGGACGGCAUGAUUGCUGCAGGCAACAAGUACCUGUCAAAGGAUGAGCGCCUCCACCUGUCCCUCAUCAACUCUUCAGCAGAUCAUGUUGUUGCUGGGCCGCCGAAAAGCCUGAGAGGUCUAGUCUUGCGGUUGCGUCAAAUUCGCGCAAAGGACGGUCUUGAUCAAAGCCGUGUGCCAUACAGCAAGAGAAAACCAGUCAUUUCCCUGGUUUUCCUACCGGUCAAUGCGCCUUUCCACACACCCUAUCUACGGGAGGCAGCGGACCGUGUCAGCGCAAGAAUGUCUAGAUCCUGGCCGGACCCUGCGAGGAUAAGCGACCUGAGAAUUCCAGUUUUUGACACCGAGAGCGGCUUAGACAUGCGCAUGGCAUACAGGCCAGAAGCAGACAUGACCCAUCUCUUGAUCGACGCUGUCAGUACAAAGGUGGUGGAUUGGCCCAAGACUCUUCAAGUGGACAAUGGACCAAGAAGAUUCUCACACAUCAUUACUCUCGGUGCCGGGCGCUUCGCUGGCAUGGUGCAUCAGAAUGUGGAUGGCCGCGGUGUUCGUGUGAUUGAUGGCACGAAGCUCGACACUGCCGACCUGGCCACGACGGGAGACAAGGCAGAGAUGUUUGCGCAAGAAUUCUCCAGGUCAUCUACUUUUAUCAAGUCAUGGAAAGAGAGGUUCCGACCUCGACUCGUUCAGUCUGCCGAUGGCGACUACAGAGUUGAGACGCGGUUGAACAAGAUUCUGAAAGCCCACCCCAUCAUAGUCGCCGGCAUGACGCCGACCACAGUGCCAUGGGACUUUGUCGCAUCUGUCACCGAUGCCGGGUAUCACAUUGAACUGGCCGGCGGUGGCUACCACAAUGCUGCAGCCAUGACGUCGGCCAUUGAGAAGCUGGCCGCCAACAUACCAGUGGGACGGAGCAUUACAUGCAAUCUGAUCUACGUCGACCCAAAGGCGAUAGGUUAUCAAAUUCCUCUGAUCCGCCAGCUCAUCAGCAAUGGGUUGCCGAUUCGAGGGCUCACAAUUGGUGCUGGCGUUCCAUCCUCCGAGGUUGCUGCACAGUACAUUGAGACCUUGGGCAUUGAGCACAUUUCCUUCAAGCCUGGGUCCAUCGGGGCUAUACGAGAUGUCAUUAGCAUUGCCAAGGCACACCCUACCUUUCCCAUCAUUCUUCAAUGGACUGGCGGCCGCGGUGGCGGUCACCACUCAUGCGAAGACUUUCACCAACCACUGCUUGAGACGUAUAGCGAGAUACGUCGCUGCUCCAACCUCUACCUUGUGGUAGGCAGUGGCUUUGGAGACGGCAAGGGAAUGCUCCCCUAUCUGACUGGAUCCUGGUCCGUUCCGUUCGGGAGGCCAGAAAUGCCGUGCGAUGGCAUAUUGCUAGGCAGUAGAAUGAUGGUUGCCACCGAUUCAAACACCUCCCCCAGCGUCAAGAAGGUUCUAGUAAAGGCUUCGGGUGUCAACGAUUCGGAGUGGGAACAGUCAUAUGAGAAGACAGGUGCUGCCGGGGUUCUGACUGUAACGUCGGAGAUGGGCCAGCCCAUCCACAAAGUAGCCACGCGCGGUGUCCGGCUCUGGAAAGAAAUGGACGACACCAUCUUCAGUCUUCCCAAGUCGGAGCGCAGAGCAGCUCUUCUCAAGCGCAAAAGCGAGAUAAUCAAGCGCCUCAAUGAAGAUUACGCCAAGCCCUGGUUCGGUCAAGAUGCUGCGGGCCAUGCGGCGGACCUUGAGGACAUGACCUAUGCUGAGGUGCUAGAUCGACUGGUAAACCUCAUGUAUGUUGCUCAUCAGAAGCGAUGGGUCCACCCAUCCUACCACGAACUUGUGCACGAGUUUGUCGAUCGGACGCUUGAAAGAUUGUAUCCUCACAGUGUUGAUCCUUCCUUGCUGGAAAAUGCAGAAACCUUGAUCUCGGAGCUAAAACGCCUUUGCCCCGAGAUUACAGAGCAAAUCCUCCAUCCCGAGGACGCCCGUGCUUUCGUGCAGGCUUGCAAACUCCGUGGCCGGAAGCCAGUCAAUUUCGUCGUGGCUUUUGACGAUGACUUUGAACACUGGUUCAAGAAGGACUCUCUGUGGCAGUCGGAGGACAUUGAGGCCGUCAUCGAUCAGGACCCAGAACGUGUCUGUAUUUUGCAAAGCCCCGUAUCUGUGAGAUACUCGACGAGAGAUGACCAGUCAUCCAAAGAAAUUCUAGAUGAGAUUCAAAAUGAUCUGGUCGCCUUGAUGCAGGCUUACAAGGAUUCGAGCAACGUCAAACUCCAGGCGACACUGCCCGUGGCCGUGGCUCAUCCAAUCUCCAACAGUAUCAUUAUCGAUGACAUGGCUGGUAGUACCGCUUUCAAGCCCGUGUCCGGCCAAGAUCUCCCCGGUCCAGAUGACUGGAUCGAGUGUCUAGAGCCCUACACAUGCCCUUCCGUCCUUGCCCUACUUGAACAAGACACCUUGUUUGAAACUUCUACAAACCGUAGUCGUCCUAACCCAUUCCGUCGCAUCUUCUCAGCCCGACACGGAUACACUUUGAUUCUGGACCGCGACUGCGACCAGAUGUCGCUCCAACAUGAUGACUCGGAUCAGACUAUCGUACGCGUGACCGCCGCCUCUCCUGAUAAGCUUCAGGUACAAUUCGUUCAUGGCGACCAUGUUCCCACGGGCGUGGCAAGUUUGACUCUGCAAUUAAAGUAUGAUGCGCGCAGCAUGCAGCUGAUUGACUGCACCGACAAUCGCAAUCGCCGGAUCCAGGAUUUCUAUGCCCAACUCUGGCUCGGCCAGGGAGAGGCACAAAAUGGCAGACUCACAGACCGUUUCUUUGGGGGCAGCUUCGAGCUCACCCAAAAGCUUCAGCAAACCCUGAGCUCGGUCGUCUCCCACGCCAUGUCUGAUGGGUCCAGUAUCGGUCGAACAAAUACCCUGCCACUGGAGACAGGCGUGAUCGCGUCAUGGGACGUCUUGAUGACUCCCUUGCUGAUCAGUGAUCUAGACGGCGACAUCCUCCGCCUCGUACACCAGUCGAUAGGAAUCGAGUAUACCUCUGGCGCUGCGCCGUUGCAGGUCGGGGAUUCUAUCAAUUCAGAGUCCUCGAUCCGGUCUGUAACAAUUCAGCCAUCGGGCAAGUCGGUCGUUGUUGAGGCCAAGCUGCUUCGGGAAAGUCGUCACAUUGGCACUGUCACAUCCGAGUUCUUCAUCAAGGGCAGCUUCUCCGACCACCACAAUACUUUCCGAUAUGAGGAAGAGCCCGUCAUGGAGCUCAAGGUCGAGUCCAAGAUAGAUGAGGCUGUCUUGCGUGAUCGUUCUUGGCUCCGACUCGAUGAUGCGUGUGAUACACUUUCUGGAAAGACAUUGAUAUUUAAAACACAGACGCGAGCUCAAUGGCUGGAUCAUACAAAGGCUGCGGACCUCAUGAUCCGAGGCACUGUGGAGCAUAUGCUCUGGAAUGGCAGCAGAGUCAAAGUGGGUUCCAUCUACCUUGACGCGACCAGAAGUCUCGGAAACCCAGUCAUGGACUUUCUUCAACGAAAAGGCAGAGUCAUUGAUGCCAAGGUGAUGCUCAAAAAUCCCGGAUGGGCUGAAGACUCUGAACGUACCGUCAUUAUGCCCUCCCACACGCAGCUUUACGCCGAGACUUCGGGCGACUGCAAUCCCAUCCAUGUAUCUCCAGUCUUUGCCGACCUGGCUGAGCUGCCUUGCCCCAUUAUGCACGGCAUGUACACGGCAGCAGUCUCCAGAAAGGUGGUCGAAGAUCUCGUGGUUCCGGGCGAGCCACAGCGGAUGCGGCGCUUCAAUGCCUCCUUUGUUGGCAUGGUUCGGCCAGGCGACCACCUCAUUGUGGGAUUCUCACAUGUUGCGAUGAACAAUGGUCGCAUGGUCCUCAAAGUCACAGCCCGUCAGGAAGAGACUGGCGAGGAGGUGCUACGCGGCGAGGCCGAAGUCGACCAACCCUCGACAGCAUACCUGUUUACUGGUCAGGGAAGCCAGUCACCUGGGAUGGGAAUGGGUCUCUAUGAGACUAGUCCCGUUGCCAAAGCCAUCUAUGAUGAGAUGGACAGCCAUAUCAGGGACACGUACGGCUGGUCGAUCCUUCAGGUCAUUCGAGAAAACCCGAAAGAGCUUACGGUUCAUUUCCGAGGUCGCCAGGGCCAGAAGAUACUUCAAAACUACCUCGAUAUGAGGUCCGAGGUGACCGAGAGCGACGGUACACGCCGUUCAAUCCCAAUCAUACCAGGAUUGAGCCGAGACUCGACAUCGCACACCUUUUCCGAUGCUCGCGGUCUUCUGCAAUCGACACUCUUUGCACAACCAGCCAUCAUCUUAUUGGAAAAGGCGACUUUUGAGCACAUGAGAGAGAGCGGACUGAUCCAGGAGGGCGCCUUGUUCGCUGGCCACUCGUUGGGCGAAUACGGAGCCCUCUCUUCCUUGGCUGGCUUUGUCAGUUUCAAGGACAUGCUCAGCAUUUGUUUGUAUAGAGGGUUGAUCAUGCAGCUGGCCGUUCCCAGAAACCACCAAGGCUAUACUGGUUACUCCAUGAUGGCAGCCAAUCCAGCUAGGGUGGGAAAACAUUUCGAUGAUGCCGCGCUGCGACAAAUUGUCCGCCAUAUCCACCGCGAAAGUGGCGAGCUGUUGGAAAUUGUAAAUUUCAACAUUGAAGGUGAACAAUAUGUUUGUGCCGGUCAUGUGCAAAACCUCCAUUGCCUUACCGAGAUACUCAAUGCUGCCGCUGUCCAAAAAAUCAAGCCGGCAUCCAUUCAGGAGUUCCUAGGCUCUUCGGAGCCGGAGGGAACCACUGUCGGGAAGAUCAUUGCCCAGAGUAUCGCGCAGUCAAAACAAUUACCGCUGGAUGUUGAGCUCCGUAGGGGCAAAGCUACCAUUCCAUUGGCUGGCAUUGAAGUACCGUUUCACUCGAGCCGCUUGGAACCUGGAGUUCCUACAUGGCGAGCCUUCCUGCGCGAUCGUAUCGUGGUAGAAGACAUACGCCCAGAGCGGCUCGUGGGCAGCUUCAUUCCGAAUGUCGUUGGAAAGCCAUUUUCUCUGGACAGUUCCUUUGUACAGGAGGUGGCUCAUAUCACGCAAAGUCCGAUUCUGGAAAGAAUAGUUUGCUAA